AUGAUCAUGGUGGCCUCCUAUACCGCCAACUUGGCCGCUUUUCUCGUCCUGGAUCAACCCGAAAAAGGCCUCACCGGCAUCACUGAUCCAAGGCUGCGAAAUCCGUCAGCGAAUUUCUCUUUCGGCACGGUACUCAAUUCGAACGUCUACCAGUACUUCAAGCGACACGUUGAACUCUCUACCAUGUUCCGAAAAAUGGAAGCACACAAUGUGGAAAAAGUACCACAAUUUUUAGAAUUUUUGUCAUACUCUGUGCUUUUCGAAGCUCCUCUGGACGCUUUCAUUUGGGAUUCUACUCGACUGGAUUUCGAGGCAGCCAGACAUUGUGUAUUGCGAACCAGAGGUGCCUUGUUUGGACGAAGUGCGUAUGGUGUUGGAUUGCAAAAGAACAGCCCAUGGACGCCUCACAUCACAUCCGCUAUUCUUAGAAUGACUGAAAGCGGAGUCAUGGAGAAUUUGGACGCCAAGUGGAUCGACAACCGGGAAUCCAAAUGCGUCACCGAAGCCCAUAAAUCUCCUGCACGACUCAGUCUUUGGAAUAUGCGAGACGUCUUUAUCCUUGUCACUGGAGGAGUGGCAGCUGGAGCACUUUUCAGCACCAUCGAAGUGAUCUACGGUAGGAAGAAAGCAAAAAGGGGGCGUGAACAAGCAGUUGCUGCUCGAUAUGUAGAGAAAUGGCGGACGAUGGCCUCCGAUGGGUUCCGAUCCAACAAAUACAACCUGUCUCGGCCGGUCAUCAGACGAGGAUUCGCUGGACUGGAGCCGUGUUCGUUGGCUGAAAUCCGCAAACGUGAGCUGAAUCGAUCGAAGCAGAAGGUGGCCAAUCAAACUCUGAUUCGACCACGCAAGCUUUGUGCCGAUUUUGAAGCUUCGCGCCCGCGCAGUCUGUGUUCUCUUCUGGUAGUCGAU